AUGCUCUCCAAAGUCGCCGCUAUUGCGUUGAUGCUGUCGGCUGCGACCGCAUCUCCUACUUUCCGCGCGCGCCAGGACGACAAAUGCGUGACUGCCUACGACGCGUGCGUCGCUGCGGGCACUGCUGAAGUCAUAUGCUCAUGCGAUCGGACCGCUUGUUACGGUGAAGACGCUGCUCGCAUCCGCGAAUGGUGCUCCUCCCAGAUUGCUGCUCUGCCCAAGUCGACUUCAGCUGCUACACCAGUCGCUUCAAGCAUUCCUGGUGGCUGCAACCCGGCUCAUCCAGGUUCAUGCCCAUCUUCGUACUUUGAUACCACCACCGCUGCUCCAGCUGCAACUUUCACAUCCAUCUCCGGCAUCCCCGGUGGUUGCAACCCUGCUCACCCAGGCUCAUGCCCCUCCUCAUACUUCGAUACCACUACUGCGGCUCCCGCCGCUACCUUUACAUCUAUCUCUGGUAUCCCUGGUGGUUGCAACCCCGCUCAUCCCGGCUCGUGCCCUUCUUCUUACUUUGACACAACCACCAAGUCCCCCGCCGCGACCUUCACAUCCAUCCCUGGCAUUCCAGGAGGUUGCAACCCUGCCCACCCUGGAUCGUGCCCUACACCAUCCGCCGUCGCUUCCCCUGUUGCAACAGCAGCACCGGGCUCCAACCCCAAGCUUGUGGAGGGCAAGACCUGGACCAUUUCGGACCUAACCCGUUAUUGCAUUGAGGGCAACUCCGGCUGCGACUACAACUUCGCUGUUACAGCAGACGGCAAGACCGAGCGCUGCACUGUUAUCCGCAUGCCGGGUUCCAACGCUGCUAGCGAGAGCUGGGCCAACCAGCCAUGCACCACUGGAUCUGAUUUGACCAUCUCUUGGGGAUACGUUGCGCAGCCCGCUCCUGCUUUCGCUGUCAUCACGGUCAACAAGGGUUCUGAGCUUGCUUGGUUCGGUGUGUCAGACAUCAAUGGCGGAAAGGUUUCUCCCAGCAGCCCCUUCGGCUCUGGUGACUUCGGUACUCUUCCCGCCUCGCCUGUCUACACCUACAACUAG